CACAGUUGUUUCCCUCUUUGGAAUCCGGAAUUUCUCUCUUCGCGCCAUUGCAGGGGUAGCAGAAUCAUCUUCAAUCGUCGUCCUCGGGAUAAUGCUGUGGCACAUUGGUGAUAUGGAAACAGGAGGGCAAGUACACAAAAGUUUAUGCAUGCAUAAGGCCAGUGAUAUGCACUCCACAGUUGGGGGCCACAUCAGUCAACUUCCUGAUGAUAUUCUUGAAAUUAAGACUUAGGGAAGCCAUAAGAGCAGGUCCGGUAUCAUCCAGAUGGAGGCAUCUUGUUUUGUCCCGGCCUCACCUUGUUUUCAAUAUGUCUAACAUGUUCGAAACUGAGGAAGCCUCAAUAAAGAAAUGUGUUUGUUCAGAACACAAAGAUUGAUUCGCACAAGCUGUAAAUCAAUUCAUAGCUUCUUAUAGAGGCGCACGAAUAAUCAGCUUCUUUAUUCGUUUCUGCCUGAAGAGUGAUUCUGCUUCUGAUGUCUCAAACUGGAUUAGAUUUGCUCUUGAUUUAGGCGUGGAAGUGCUCGACGUGGAGGCAUAUUGUAGAUAUUUCGAACAUAAAUCUCCAUUGUGUCUUGUUCCGGGUAGAGUUCCUAUUGAGUUUUCCCCAAGUAAACAACCGGUUGUAAAGCAUGUUAGGCUAUCUUACUGUGAUGCACCAGAAGCUUUUACUUGCACCCUAUUCAGCCAGAUGGAGACCCUCACACUUCAUCACCUGUGUUUGGAUUCUCAUGAUGUGGAGAGUACGCUCUCAGGCUUAGUAAAUCUCAAGAGUUUGGAGAUCAAAAGAUGCAAACUGCCAUCCUACUUAAGCCUCAGCUUGCUCACCCGUCUAGAGGAACUCGUGGUUUGGCUUUGCUUUGGAUUGGAAAGAGUUAAUUUGGCAAACCCAAUGCUCGUCGAGUUGGGCAUUGUCUGCAAGAGGACUGUUUCAUUGUCGCUAACUGGUGUCCCUAACUUGAAGGUGUUCUGUCACGCUGUCCACGACGCUGGCCUACGCCGCAUUUUCUCAAAGCUCCCAGAGGUUCUUCCUGGAUUGAUAACUUUGGCUGUGCACGCUCGUUCCAACUGGACUGAGUAUAUGCCAGAAAAUAUAGCUACAUUCUCAAGGCUUAGGACAUUGAUUAUUGGGUUGGAUCACAAAGCGGGAGAUAUCAUGUAGCAUAAGAUAGUUCAACUUCUGAAAUCGUGCCCUCUACUCCGUAAUCUUUACAUUGUGCUGAGCGCCCGAGAGGAUGAGGAACUCGGGAAGAUAGAGUCCGUUGACGAAUACCAUCACGAACAUCUAGAGUGGAUCAAAGUUCAUGGAUUUGUAGGAACCAAAUACCAGAUCGAGUCUUGCGCAAGUAUUUGCUCAAACUCGCUCCUCACACCGAGGGGAUGAUAUUAACGUUUCAUCAACAAGUUCUGAUGUAACGGAAGCGGGGUGCAGGACUCAUCCCAUGAGCGGAGAAGAAUGUGAAAGCGUACUCAGUGCACUCGAAGCAUUUUCAGACAAUGUGAAGGUCUUUGUGGCUUGUUGAAAUAAAUCGUGCCGGUUUGAUUCUGAAGUGAUUCAUAAUUUCCUCGAUCACAUUUCCCUCUCCGCGUGGAUAUUUUUUUAGUUGGUCCCAUGAAUGAGGGGAAAAAAAGUUACCUCUUGUU